AUGGUUGCUAUGAAGAAGUCGUUCGUGAUUGCAUUGUGCAACGUCGUAGUCGUAUUGCAUUUUGUCGGUAGCUCCACGGUGGUCCAAGCUUGUACACCGUCAGAUCGCGCGGCGCUUCUCGAGUUCCGAGCUAAGCUCAAGGAGCCUUACAUUGGAGUUUUUGACACGUGGAAAGGCCAAUACUGCUGCAAUGGUUGGUAUGGUGUGAGUUGCGAUCCCAAUACUCACCGGGUCGCCGGCAUUACCCUCCGAGGAGAAUCCGAAGACCCGAUUUUCCAGCGGGCGAAACGGAGCGGGUUAAUGAUCGGCUCCAUUUCGCCCGCUAUAUGUAAACUCACUAGCCUCUCCACCAUCAUAAUCGCGGAUUGGAAAGGAAUCUCCGGUGGGAUUCCAAACUGCAUCACGAAUCUACUUUUCUUGAGAGUCGUAGAUCUCGUCGGAAACAGAAUAUCCGGCGUGAUUCCGGCGAAUAUCGGAAGAUUACAGAGGCUUAAAGUGUUGAACUUUGCCGAUAACCAAAUCUCCGGCGGGAUUCCUACGUCGAUCACAAGAUUAACGAGUUUAUCGCAUCUCGAUCUCAGGAACAACAAUGUCACCGGAGUCAUACCGGUAGACAUCGGCCGGUUAAAGAUGCUUAGCCGUUUGCUGCUAACCGGUAACAAAAUCUCCGGUCAAAUACCCGAAUCUCUGACCCGGAUCUACCGUCUCGGUGAUCUCGAGCUCGCCAUGAACAGAAUCACCGGCCCAAUCCCUGCUUCGUUAGGGAAAAUGUCGGUGCUCGCGACGCUUAACCUCGACGGGAACUUGGUCUCCGGCGAGAUUCCGGGGACACUGAUGACGUCAUCUAUCUCGAAUCUGAAUCUGAGCGGGAACCUUAUCGUUGGACAGAUACCAAACACGUUCGGACCGAGGUCGUACUUCACGGUUCUUGAUCUUUCCAAGAACCGUCUAAAAGGACCGAUUCCGGCGAGUAUCACGGCGGCUUCGUUUAUCGGACAUCUUGACGUGAGCCAUAACCAUCUGUGUGGGAAGAUUCCAGCGGGAUCUCCGUUUGAUCGGCUUGACGCGACGUCGUUCGCUUACAAUGACUGUCUCUGUGGAAAGCCUCUUGGGAACUGUGGGAAAUAA